AUGUAUUGCGUGAUGAAUAUACCGCGUGGAUAUAUAUCAGUUGCACCUUGUACCACACGAGGACAAUUCCGCGCGUCAUAUGACAAUCGUACCUUGUAUUCCGCCAUGAACAUUCUGCGUGGUUAUAUAUCAGUUGCACCUUGUACCACGCGAGGACAAUUCCGCGCGUCAUAUGACAAUCGUACCUUGUAUUCCGCCAUGAACAUUCUGCGUGGUUAUAUAUCAGUUGCACCUUGUACCACGCGAGGAACAUUCCGCGCGUCAUAUGACAAUCGUACCUUGUAUUCCGCGAUGAACAUUCCGCGUGGUUAUAUAUCAGUUGUACCUUGUACCACGCGAGGAACAUUCCGCGCGUCAUAUGACAAUCGUACCUUGUAUUCCGCGAUGAACAUUCCGCGUGGUUAUAUAUCAGUUGCACCUUGUACCACGCGAGGAACAUUCCGCGCGUCAUAUGACAAUCGUACCUUGUAUUCCGCGAUGAACAUUCCGCGUGGUUAUAUAUCAGUUGUACCUUGUACCACGCGAGGAACAUUCCGCGCGUCAUAUGACAAUCGUACCUUGUAUUCCGCGAUGAACAUUCCGCGUGGUUAUAUAUCAGUUGCACCUUGUACCACGCGAGGAACAUUCCGCGCGUCAUAUGACAAUCGUACCUUGUAUUCCGCGAUGAACAUUCCGCGUGGUUAUAUAUCAGUUGCACCUUGUACCACGCGAGGAACAUUCCGCGCGUCAUAUGACAAUCGUACCUUGUAUUCCGCGAUGAACAUUCCGCGUGGUUAUAUAUCAGUUGCACCUUGUACCACGCGAGGAACAUUCCGCGCGUCAUAUGACAAUCGUACCUUGUAUUCCGCGAUGAACAUUCCGCGUGGUUAUAUAUCAGUUGCACCUUGUACCACGCGAGGAACAUUCCGCGCGUCAUAUGACAAUCGUACCUUGUAUUCCGCGAUGAACAUUCCACGUGGUUAUAUAUCAGUUGCACCUUGUACCACGCGAGGAACAUUCCGCGCGUCAUAUGACAAUCGUACCUUGUAUUCCGCGAUGAACAUUCCGCGCGUCAUAUGA